AUGACAACGGAAUAUGAGUUUGGCGGACCUCUGGGGGCCGCGGCCAUCACCUUUGGCUUGCCAUUGCUGCUGUACGUCUUUGCAUUUGCUUGUAAUGAUGUCGCGGGUUGCCCAAUACCGUCUCUCCUACACAUUCGCUCCAUCACCUGGGAAAAGGUGAAAGCAGACACAGGACUAGUUAAUGCCAGUAUAGCCAAUUUCUUCAGCUGGGAAGUGACACUCGUUACUAUCGCCUACUAUAUUUUGGGGCUACUUAUCUGGAGAAUCCUUCCUGCCAAACAAGCCUAUGGCACUAAGCUGGUGCACCAUGGCCGUCCACUAUUGUACCGGUUCAAUGCAUUCUCUGCAAGUGUGGUUAUUCUAGCCAUCUGCGCUGCAGGGACCUAUCUUCAAGGCGCCGACUUCCCCGUCUGGACUUACAUCACCGACAACUAUGUGCAGCUUCUGACAGCGAACAUCUUAAUCGCAUAUGCAAUCUCUGCUUUUCUCUACGCCUAUAGUUUUACUGUGAAUACCAACUACCCCAACCGGGACCUUCGAGAGUUAGCUGCCGGCGGUGCCACCGGUAACCCGAUCUACGACUUCUUCAUCGGCCGUGAGCUUAACCCUCGCGUCACUCUGCCGUUCUUCGGGGAAGUCGACAUCAAGACCUGGUGCGAAGUCUGCCCUGGUCUGACCGGGUGGAUCCUGCUCGAUCUUGCCUUUGUAGCCAAGCAGUAUCGCACCUAUGGCUACGUCUCUGAUAGCAUCAUCUUCACGACAGCCGUACAAGCAUAUUAUGUUCUGAGCAGCCAAUACAACGAAUCCAGCAUCCUGACCAUGAUGGAUAUCACUACUGACGGCAUGGGCUUCAUGCUCUCGUUCGGUGAUCUCGUCUGGGUACCGUUCCUUUACUCAACACAGUGCCGCUACCUCUCCGCCUACCCUGGCCAUCUUGGCUGGCCGCGAAUCGCGGCUGUCAGUGCUGUAUUCGCGCUAGGUAUCUAUAUCUUCAAGGCCGCCAAUAACCAGAAGCACGCUUUCCGCACACAGCCAGACAACCCGGCCGUUGCUAAUCUGUCCUACAUCCAAACCAAAAGGGGAACCCGGCUCCUCACGGCUGGAUGGUGGGGUGUCUCCAGACAUAUCAAUUACUUUGGGGACUGGUUGCAGGCGCUGCCCUUCAGUCUGCCUACGGGACUCGCUGGCUACUUGAUUCUACCAGCAGGCAGUGUAACAGAUGACUCGCAGGCUGUUCCUAUGCUGGAUGGCCGGGUGGCUGUUCAAGGACCGGCGGCUGGUUGGGGUAUGAUCUUUACCUACUUCUACGUGCUCUACUUUGGGAUCUUGUUAAUCCACCGCGAACGCCGAGACGACGCCAUGUGCGCGAAGAAGUAUGGUGAUGAUUGGAAGGAGUACAAGAAGAUCGUUAGAUGGAGGAUAUUGCCUUGGGUUUAUUGA